AUGCUGCUGGCUGUGCUGCUGCUGCUGCUGCUACUUCCCCUCCCAGACCUCUGGACUGCCAAUGGGCACCCACUGUACAUGCGUCUGCCCCCCAGCACCCUGCAAGUUCUGUCGACCCAGGGGACGCAGGCGUUGCAGGCUGCCCAGCGGAGUGCCCACUGGGCAGUAAAGCGCGUGGCAAUGGAGAUCCAGCACAGGCUGCACGAAUGCCGAGGUUCAGGACCCCGACGUCCCAAACCUCAAGCCCCCUUCCUCCAGGACCUCCCUGAGCCAGGGCCAUGUGGUGAGAGGCGCCUAGGUGCUGCCAACAUGACCCGGGCACAUGGCCGUAUAGUAGGGGGCAGCGCGGCUCCUCCAGGGGCCUGGCCCUGGCUAGUGAGGUUGCAAAUCGGCGGGCAGACUCUGUGCGGCGGCGUCCUGGUGGCGGCGUCCUGGGUGCUCACCGCUGCACACUGCUUUGUGGGCGCUUCGAAUGAGCUUCUGUGGACUGUGAUGCUGGCCGAAGGGCCCCAGGGGGAGCCAGGGGAGGAGGUGCCGGUGAACCGCAUUUUGCCCCACCCCAAGUUUGACCCGAAGACCUUCCACAAUGACCUCGCCCUGGUACAGCUGUGGACGCCUGUGAGCGCAGCGAGUCCGGCUCGCCCUGUGUGCCUGCCCCAGGGGCCCCGGGAGCCCCCCGCUGGCACCCCCUGCGCCAUCGCGGGCUGGGGGGCACUCUUUGAAGACGGACCUGAGGCUGAGGCGGUGAGGGAGGCCCGCGUUCCCCUGCUCAGUGCGGACACCUGCCAAAGGGCCCUGGGGCCCGGGCUGCGCCCCAGCACCAUGCUCUGCGCUGGUUACCUGGCCGGAGGCAUCGACUCAUGCCAGGGUGACUCUGGAGGCCCCCUAACCUGUUCCGAGGCUGGCUCCCGCCCCAGGGAGGUCCUCUUCGGAGUCACCUCUUGGGGGGAUGGCUGCGGGGAGCCAGGGAAGCCCGGGGUCUACACCCGCGUGGCCGUGUUCAAAGACUGGCUCAAGGAGCAAAUGACGGCCCCCUCCACUCGCGAGCCAAGCUGCAGGGAACUUCUGUCCUGGGACCCGUCCGAGGAGCCGCCAGUGGACGCCACCGGGCUCUGCGCCUUCUACGCCCGCCUGUGUCCUGGGUCCGAGGGCGACUGUGCGCGCCUGGCGCACCAGCAGUGCCUACAGCGCCGGCGACGGUGCGAGCUGCGCUCGCUUGCUCACACGCUUCUGGGUCUGCUGCGGGGCGCCCAGGAAGUACUUGGCUCCCGUCCGGGGCUACGGCGCCUGGCCCCCGCCCUGAGUGCGUCACUCCAGGAGCCUCCGGUGCACCCCGCCCGGGAGCAGAGGCUGUAUUCAGGAUCGCGGGCUGCAGAAACGUGGUUCCAGAAGCCGAGACCAGAGCAGCGCGGGGAGACGAAGGGAUGCCCUGGGCUGGAGCACCUGCGACAGAGGUUGGCUACCCUUCAGGGGACCCAUGCCUGGAUCCUGCAAGUCCCCACAGAGCACCUGGCUAUGAACUUUCAGGAGGUGCUGGCAGAUCUGGGCUCUAAGACACUGACUGGACUCUUCAGAGCCUGGGUACAGGCAAGCUUGGGAGGCCGGAAUGUGGUCUUCAGCUGCCUGGUGGGCCUGGAGCCCACCACACUGGCUCACAGCCUCCCCCGACUGCUGGUGCAGGCCCUGCAGGCUUUCCGGUUGGCUGUCCUGGCAGAGGAAGAGCCAUAG